ACAUACCCCCUUUCUCUGAAGAUAUUGAUUCGAUUAAGGAGUCAUAACGGACUAAUAGCUGCAGAAAGCGUUCUUUGGAAAUAUUGGCUGGCAGUAGGCUCUUGUCUAACAUGAUUGUACGGCUUGACUGAGACCUAAAUGUCGGUGACUGAUAUUCUACUACCUAUUCGAUUGUAUUCAAGUUUGAGAUUGUAUAAUAUGACACAGAUACGAUAUACCAAUCUUCUGCGUUGUCGCUAAUUAUGACAAAAACAUUGUCCAAUCCAGUUUGAUUAAGAAGGAUAAUGAAUAAUGAAUACGAUGGGUUGAUUGGAGUAUGCUACAGUACAAAUACGGUUGAGUUCGCGAUCAGCGGUAAGCUAAAAUGAGUGGGGUCUAUGACUACCGGAAUAGGAAACAUUCUAGAAACAAAAGAACAAUUUUAGCGCCGAACCCCUGCAUGCCUUGAUCGGCUGAAAAAAGAUUUCCACUCUAUUACCUUCCAAACCAAUCUGGCCCCCGAUUUUCUUUCUACCAUUUCUUCAAUUCGCAACUCCCAACCGCCAUCCUGACGAUAUUAUCAAUCGCUACUUCGUGACAAGGAAGAUAGGAAAAGACUUUUUUCAUUGUCGUAUCGUUCAUUUUCAUAUCCCCAAAAUGGGUAACGGAGCCAAGGCAGCACAGAAGCGUGAGCGCAAUGCGAAGGACACCAAAGUCGCCAAGUCGCAGCUCAAGUCUAAUGUCAAGGCUAUGGACAUUCAGUGCCAAAUUUGCAAGUCGACUUUCCUAAAGACCACUCGCGCGCCUCAGCUUACCGAACAUGCUACCAAUAAGCACAGCAAAACCAUCGCUGACUGCUUCCCCGGCUACGAUGCUUCUGCCGGCAAAUAGAGAGCGGGCGACACAAUCCGAUCCGAUGCGAUUCCUACUCCGAAGCAAUAACAAAUAGCUGGAUAGACGGAUGGGAAGAUACGACGAUGGGCAUAGCGUAUGGCGCUCUUAGGUGUUCUGAAGGCGAAGGGUCUUAUUUUGG